UCCCUUACUAGACACAUGAAAUGUCACAUUGAAAACAGAUCAGGAGAUCGCCGAAAGUACCGUGAGAAGGUAUAUAAAUGUAAAGAAUGUGGAAUAGCAUUCAUUUUUCCUAGUGCUCUGAAAACCCAUGAAAGGAGUCACACAGGGGAGAAGCCCUAUGAAUGUAAGGAAUGUGGCAAAGCCUUCGCGUGGCACACAACUUUUCGAAAACACAUGGGAACACACACUGGAGAUUUACCUUACAAGUGUCAGAAAUGUGAGAAAGCAUUCAUUUAUCCCAGUCACCUACGAAUGCACGAAAGCACUCAUAAAGGACAUAAACCCUAUAAAUGUACAGAAUGUGGAAAAACCUUUGAAAGUCCUGAAACUAUUGAAAUACAUGAAAGGAUUCACAGGGGAGAAAAACCUUAUGAAUGUAAGCAGUGUGGUAAAGCUUUCAAACGUUUGAGGUCCUUCCAGGCACACAAAAGACAUCACACGGGAGAGACACCGUUUGUAUGUAAAACAUGUUCUAAAGUAUUGAAUACUGCCUGGUCACUUCGAAAUCAUGAAAGAAUCCACACUGGAGAAAAACCAUAUAAGUGUAAGGAAUGUGGUAAAGCCUUCUUAUUGAAUGUAACCCUUCAGAAACAUAUGAUAACACACACUGGGGAUGGACCUUAUAAAUGUAAAGAAUGUGAGAGAGUAUUCAUUCAUCCCAGUUCUUUUAAAGUACAUGAAAGGAGUCACACUGGAGAGAAACCAUAUCAAUGUGACCAGUGUGGUAAAUGGUACCGGUAUCCAUCAUUUUUAAAAAUACAUCGAAGGACCCAUAGUUGACAGGGAGGAGACCUUGAAUGUUUGGGAAUGGGAAAUAAAAGGGAAACCUUCUUUUUCACUUAUGUU